AUGUCCUCGGAAGAAGCGGCGUCAAAUCAGCAACCAUCUAGGAGACUAAAGCUGGUCCUGAAGACAUCGCCUCUUUCGACUCCAGUCGUCCAGCCUCAGCCAAACGACAGAUUUGUUACACCAAAAGAUGGAUCUAGUAGUCCUCCAAGGCCGUCGUAUUCUCCUGUCACUCCUACUUUAUCCCACGAGAAGUUAGCAGCACCGGAGAAGGCCGAGGCACAAUUCAUUGAUGAACCAUCACCUUUGCCUCUUAACCUCGAAGACAAUGCUGAUGCUAUAGCGUUAAAGGCGACCAUAUCUUUGUUGCAAAUGCAACGUCAGCAGAGUCUGAAAGAUAUUCGUGAUCUUGACAAAAUCAAGGAUGCUGCUGUGGAGAAUCCUCGCAAGCUGAAGAAACCGCAAGCAAGUGAGAUUGUCUUUGACGAUGUUGAGUAUGAAGACAGCGACGAAGACGAGCAAGCCGACAAUAAAACCGAUACAACUUCCAAGUUCGGCCGCUUGCCUAAUCCACAAAAUGUUGCUCGAUGUCCUCCAAUAGAAUGGUCCAAAUACCACAUCCUUGGCAAACCACUUGACGAUCUGCACGAGGCGCAAAAGAAGUAUCCUGGUGCUACAGGGAAUGAGAUUGUAAACAAAAGUGCUCGCGAGCAUGAGAUUACCGCUCCUUAUCGACCAUUCAAGGACAAGCUUGACACCAAAAAAGGGACAGAAGGAUAUAGCACAUGA